GCAGUGGAAGAAAGCCCCCGGACCUGGCGCCGGGCGCGGGGCGCGACCGGCCUCUGCAGGCGUGCAUCGCCCACGCGGUCCGCGUGAUAUGUCCACGUUGGUCCGCCGCAUGCACGAGCUUAUGGACGUCCUCCGCUGCCGGCUGGAAGAAGAGGCAGAUUCACCAAUUUCGCCGAUGCCAGUGACACCUCCAUCAAAGAGGGGAGGCCCUUCGCCUAAGGCGAGCCUGGGUGACUCCCUCGAAAAGUUGGAGGCUCUCUUCGAAGAGGGUCGGAAUCCCUCGAAACUGCUCCAACAGCAUCUGACGGACGCCAUGUCCCGAGAAGGUCAAGCUGAGAUGAACUUCGCUCCGAAAAGCCGAGCUCGGGCACCGACUGUUGAGCCCGUGACCCAUGCCACGGAGCCUCUCGCGCAAAGCCGGAUGAUGGAGCCAACUGCCCAGCCUGUGACC